AGCAUUGGCAGAAUGGCAGCCCGCGCAUCAGCAGGUAGAGCAGAAGUCUGCACUGCACGCGUUGCAUCAGAGAACAUAACCUUAAAAUUCUGAUGUUUGUGUACAAACAAUAGCGUGAAGAGAAGCCGUCUUUAUAAUUACACACAAAUUUUCUAUUAUUUUUUGCUAAUAUUUUUAUACUUAUGUUUUAAGUAUACAGAAAAGAAUUUAGUUUAAUUAAUACAUUUAUUAAUAUAAAUAUUUAAUAAACUUCUAAACAUGUGAGUUCAAAAAUAUCGGUGCAUUUUUCUAAAGCAUUUUCGGAAAAAUUCUGUCAAAAUCGCGUUUUAAACAAGAGAGUUACCAUGAAAUCAAGCAAAACUCCAACCACUGGUGGGUUAUGGGGUGAGCUUCCAGUUAGAGAAACUCACAAACAAGAAAUCAUUACUCCAGAUAUUAUUGAAAAUGUUUGGAGGCAAGUCAUGGAUGAAGCAAACAAUUCUGAUUGUGAUUACCAAAUGCACAGACAACCUGAAUAUAUUCAAAUGCCUUUAGGAAAUCCUCACGUAUUAAAUACUGUAAAUUUACGACAGCAACUGAGAUCAAUGGAGGAGGGAAACAUAUUAAGAAAUGUAACUGUGAUUGAAGAUGAAUCUCAAGAUGAAAUUCCCAAAGAUUCAUAUAAUUUUACGAUACCCACUAAACAAAACAAAAAGAGAUUUAAAAAUCACGUGAACAUUACUCAUUUAAAACCUUCAACUGCACAAGGAUUAUUAAAACAUGCAGUUACAGUUUUAUUAGCUCAUAUUGGAUUUGAUGAAGCAUCUGAUUAUGCUAUUGCUACUCUUACGGAUGCUGCUGAUCAUUUUUUGAAAAGGAUAGGACUUUUAUUAAAGGUAGCAUCAGAAGAAAGGAAUUAUGGUUUUCCAGACGCAAUGGAAAAAGUUCUUGUUGAGGCUAAUGUAGGAGGAAUCAUAGGUUUACAUAAUUACUACGAAGAGUAUAUUCUCAGGCAUGAAAAAAAUGUGAAGAGAAAAGUGGAAAACAAAGUUGAACAGCAGCGACAACUUGAGUUAAACAUUUGCAAUGCAAAAAUGGAAUUGGAUGAAGCCACGAGUAAUCUACAAUUCGAUGGACUUGAAGAAUUUGGAAAUGUAUAUAGAGAAGUGCCAACACUACAGCUACUUGAUCCAGAGAUGGGUUUUCCUCCCAGUUUGGAUGCAGGAUUUCAAAUGUUACAUAGCUUGGAACAGGAUGAAUUGAACAGCCUGGAAGUUGACGAAGAAGAUGUGACCGUUAGUGAUUCACCAAGCACAGGACAUCAGCGGGCAGAUUUCAUGAAAAAAUAAAGACUGGUUUAUUUAGCGUUACUUGUAUUGUGUAAAAUAAAAAUCCUCUAAUAUAGUUAUAAAUUAAAAUAAGUAAAUUUAAAAUAAACAAUUUUUAUAAAUCCAAA